UUGACAGUAUAUAUUGAGUCAUAUCAACCAAUUCUGAUGGAUUGCAGUUUAUCAGAACAAAAGAAAGUACUUGUUUAAAUUAUAAGAAGAAGAAAGAAUUCUGGUUGGCUGGCUGUGCUUAUAAGAUAUGACCAUACUUGAUGACUACCACGGAUGUCCCAGUACAGCUGAGUGUGAAGCAUAUUGCAAAUCUUUGGGCGAUUUUGUAGGACUUUGUACAGGUAAAGAUCGUCGCCACUGCCGCUGCACUUCGAUACCUCUUACAGGUAUGAUGACGGCAUGUUUAUAUAUAUUGUUCCUACUCCAAUUCGUGAGUUUAACCAUUAAGGGAACUCCACCUGUUCCAAGAAACAUGUGCCCUGCCAACUGGAAAGCAUGCGAUCAACAAUGCAGAGCAGUCGGUCGUAGAGGCGGCUAUUGUGGUGGACUUUGGUCAACAAGAUGCACAUGCAUUGUACGUUCAGUAUCAAUCACAUCUGAUGUUUUGCCUGUUUGGGGUUAGACACAAGAAUAUAGCCUUGCAAAUAGUACAUUUUAGAUUAGCGUGUACUU